AGACUUUGUAUAUUUGCAUUGCACUUCCACACACUAAAUGACUGUUUAAUCUAGAGAAGUGCCAUUUAUUCAUGUUUGCUCGUUAUUUAAAAUAAAUAUUUGCAAUACUUUGAAAUAAAAUAUGGAUUACAUUAAUUGCGCAGGAGUUGUUUUGAUCAUAGGCAUACAAAUCUGCUGUGGGGCUGUUUCUUCACAAUUACAUAAUAGCAGUAACAUUUAUAGUCAGAAACGGAAUGCUAUCGCCGUGAGGAGUUGGCUCUGGAAGAACAACCGCGUUCCCUACGUGAUCGACAACGAGCAACUAGAACAAGACGCUGUGAUAGCCAUUUCUAACGCCGUCCACCACUUUAACACGAAAGUCUCGUGCGUCAAGUUCGUACCCAGGGUCAACGAGUUUGAUUACGUGAGAUUCAAGAACGGCAAGGGGUGUCAGUCGUCUAUCGGUCGUGACGGUGGCGAGCAGACGAUUUCAAUUGGUCCCGCAUGCCUCUACCAAGGCGUUAUAAUGCACGAGAUGACGCACGCAGUAGGUUUCUUCCACGAGCAGAAUCGUUGGGACCGGGACUCCUAUGUGAGCAUCCACUGGAGCAACAUACAGGCGGGCCGAGAUGAUGAUUUCGCUCUCCAAGAGAAGAAGUACCUGGACACACUGAACACGCCGUACGACUUCGGUAGCCUGAUGCACUACGGGGCAUACGUGUUUAGCAAGGACGGCAACUCGCCAACGAUAACUCCAAAGUUUGAGCCUCACGCAAACAUGGGCCAGCGGAAAGAGUUCAGUCCCUUAGAUAUUUGGAAGAUUACCACGCUAUAUGGCUGCGAGGCAGGCCCGAUGCCGAUGCCAGAUUACUUGAAGUUCAUGCCAAACAGUUGGUACACGGGAUUACCAUCGGUGAGCCCACCGCAACAAGUAAACCUGUCAUCAAAAGCUGCAGUGACAUCUGAGAUGUCCGGUAACAAGCCGGAUGUGGAUGUUUGGGUGCUGCCACACGCCAUACGGAUCAACUGGAACUCCCCGGCCAAUAUUACCGGAAAUAUAACAGGCUAUGUACUUAGCUACAAUUUGGAGCCCCAUGGGACCCCUCAGAAGAUUCAACUGGCGCCAGACCGACUGGCCUAUUACCUCAGCACAUACACCUCCCACCCUGGCCGCCGCUACGCGGUCACCAUCAGCACUGUUGUCGACGGCGUGGAGGGGGAAGCCUCAGAUCCGGUCACCGUAAGAUCCGCCUGUGAACAGAACGUAUGGCUGGACAAUGAACGCUUCGACAAGAUCCAUUCUCCAUUCUUCAAAGACGGAUACUACGAGCAGGAUGUCGUCUGUCAGUGGAAGAUUCGCAAGCCACUGCGCCAGGUUCUGAAUAUCUCCUUUACGUCGCUGGACCUUACCGGUGAUGCCUCAGACUGUAGUGCUUCCGGAGACUUCGUCCGUAUCGGAGUGGGGCGCUACUUUUGCGGCUCCCACGAGGUUCCGGAAGUGACGGUUGGGGAGGAGGAGGAAACCACGGUCACGUUCGUGUCGCGUGCCGGGGGCGCCGAAGAAAAACGCGGGGGAUUUUCUUUGGUCGCCACAGCACAAGGCUUCGCUCCCGAGAAUUUACGAGUGGAACAAAUGCUAAGUGCAUUCAACGUCUCUUGGCAACCACCAAAUACCCCUUCUUCACAACCAGUCGCUUACGUCAUCCGCUAUAAGAUGGCGUCAUCUUCUAUGGCCAAGGAAAUCACUGUAUCACCUGAAAGGACAUACUUCCUGCUGUCUACUUAUCCUCAUUUCGGAGUGGAAUAUAGCAUCGAAGUGUACGCACGAUUUGAUAUUGGAAACGGGGAAUCGGCCGGGCCAGUUAUCAUCCGAUCUAAAUGUUCUCGAAACAUCACCGUCACGGGCAACGGCGAACAUUUGAACAGUCCUAAUUACCCGAGCAACUACGAACCCGACACCGUCUGUGACUGGAACAUAUUUCCGAUGAGCGGUCACGAGGUCAGCCUCAACUUCGAGCAAGCCUCGUUUGGGACCGGAGAUUACGUUGACGUCAUUUCCGCCGGAGCCUCGUUCGCGAGAUUUGAUACGUCAUUUCACCCAACACACGCGCUUACGUUCAGCGCUCCUGUCAAGGUCAUUUUUAAGAGUGAUUUUGCGAGCGAGGCUAGCGGAUUUCGAAUCAAUUUGUCGUCUAUUCCAGUUGCGCUUAUAGGAUAGAGAUCAAUGGAUUUUCAAAGCGUAUCGAUUUACGGCAGUAAAGUGAUAAUCGUAAUUUGUAAAUUUGUAAGAAAAGACAUGUUCAAAGACAUCAAAGAAUUUUGUAAUUGUAGAAGUUAAAAGAAGAAUGUUUUAUAACAUUUGUAAAAAUCUGUUAUGUUGUUUUACUGAGAUGUUGUAUUUUUGAUCGAAAAUAACUUCCUACAAGCUAUUUUACAUACAGACUGUUAGUUCUUAUCAAAUUCGUUUAUUUUUAUUUUAUACCACAGAUAACUUUAAUAAACUUUAAACUCAUUUUA